AUGCGAGCCCCCUUCUUGCCGGGAGGCUUCCUGGGGUCUGGGUGGGCCCUGAGUCUGGAGGGCUGGAAGGCCGCCGUGGGGCCAUUCCCAGACGAUGAGUCAGCCCCUUGCAGAACCUGGCUGUGCCUGAGGCUCAGGCCUCCCUCCACAACCUUCACCCCCCUCCUGCGAAUUCCUCCCCCUGUGCCCGCCCAGCCCCCACCGGCUCCGCCCACCGCAGCCACACCGAAGACCUGCACCUGGGCAGCAGGAGUCUGGGCUCUCAGUCCUGGAGGCCAGGAGUCCUCCAGCAAGCAACCUUCUUCCACACAACGUCACAUUCUGAGCUCCCAGCGAGGGCGAGGUUUCUGGGGUCAGAGGCAACGGGGCAGAGAUGGAGUCAAGUUCUGUGGCCACAUCGAAGGGCCUGUCUCCCUCGUAAGUGGUCGUGAACUCCAGCAGGGAAGGUACUUGGCAUGGAGGCUGGGUCACAGCAGUUCCCAGGCAGGAGUAGCUUACAAAAUAAAGAGCUGCCCCAGGCAUCCCAUACCUUGCCAGUGUGGUCAAGAAAAGAGAAAUCUUAAAAAGCCUUUUUCUUCGGAGGGUCGUGUUCCAGUUGCUUCUCCCCCUGAGGAAUGUUUGCGUAAAUUCUGUACAGCUCUGAUGUCUUUGUGUAAGUCGAGCUACACACUUGAAUUCAGUGGUUUUCUCAGAUCACAGGGGUUCUCCUUGUGCCCGCAGGACGGGCUCUGGCAGCAGAGGGCAAGUCCAGGAGCAGGGUCCCAACUGAGUAAGGCUGUUCCCGACCACGACCACGGGCCCUGGGCACAAACAGCGGGCGCCCGCCCAGCCCAUCGACACACACCGUCUGGUGCAUCUGCCCAGGCCCCCGUGUCGGUCGGGUUCCAGGAGGACACGCACGCACACAUGCACGGUUGAGCCAGGAGAGGUGAACUGAGCCAAGCUUUCUGAGGUGGGCGAAGGGACCCUAAAAGAACCAAGGGGCGUGAGGAUCCGCCCCCUGCGCAUCUCCACCCCUCCCAGGCCUCGGAAGGCAGGGGAGGGGCGGUAACAUGCCCCGGCCAGACCUGUAAUCCGCCCAGCCGCAGCAGGUGGACCCUGUGACUCUCCCUUCAGAGCUCGAGGCCUGGAGAAGGCUGGUGAGCACCGGGUCCACGCAGCGAGCAGGGCCCCUGCCCUGAGAAACCCACAGUUUGGGGCAAACACAGACUUCUCCGUGAGCCACGGGAUGGAAGCGGAGCUGAGUCACAUGACACGUGCCUGGCUCAACAUCACAGUCAGUCCCUUCUCUCUGGAGACGGCCUGUGUCACCUCCACUGCACAAGCCACCCCUGCACCCUGGCGCCCACCGCCCUCCUUGGGGGGCCCUCCAGCGCCCCCAGCCUUCUCUGGCACCUGAAGCCCAUCUUGCCAGCCUGGGGAAAACAGACCGUGUUGGUUUGUUGGGCAGAGCUUCUGACUCUGCCUGUCUCGGCUGUGGAUGCUCCUGGAGAGGCCGGGUCUGCCUUUGCUGGAUGAAGGGUGAGUGGGGGCGUUUUCCCAGAGGAGGGCCCGCCUCCUUUCUUUCGUUUCUUCCCUGUGCAGUCCGCAGCCCUGUCCCUGGGGACCCCGCAUCGCCCACCCGCCGGCAGGUGCACCACGCCCUCCUCCCCACGUGGCUCCAUGCUGCUUCCCAUUGCCCUGGCAUCCACAUCCUGGCAUCCCGGCAAGACAGCCGGGGAGGGCAGCUGGGGAGGGCAGCCGGGGAGGGCAGCCGGGGAGGGCAGAUGGGGAGGACAGCUGGGGAAAGCAGCUGGGGAAAGCAGCCGGGGAGGGCAGCUGGGCAGGACAGUCAGGGAGGACAGCCGGGAAGGACAGCCGGGGAGUACAGCCAGGGAGGACAGCGGGGCAGGACAGCCGGGGAGGGCAGCUGGGGAGGACAGUGGGGAGGACAGCCGGGAGGACAGCCGGGGAGGACAGCCAGGCUGGGCUGGCGACACCCCCCACGAGGCCUCUGGGAAAGGUCUGUGGAGCAAGUGGGUAAGCAAGGCGCCUUCCGGGUGGAGAACAAAGCUCACGUAAGGAUCCUUCAAAUAGAGCUUUUCAUGCUUACUUUGUGAUUUUGGGUUUAAUAAACAUGUAUUCAGACUCUCCCCAGGAGUUUUAAUACUCGCCCCUCAACAUGCAGCGUUUUCAACUAGAUAAAAAGUCACUUUGUUUGAAGCUCACAGAGCCUUUCCUGGACCCUCCUGGCUCGGUCGUGGGGUUGCUCCUAGAGAGGACGCUUGACUUCUCCCUGGGAGGAGGGCAUCCCCUUUCCCGGGCCAGGGGGGCAGCUCAGGGGAACUGAGGCCACGAGAAGCAUGGGGCAGUCCCAGCCUCUGCAGGAGUGCGUGCUUUCCGUAAAACCCGGCAGUCUCUGCGAGCUGUGUGGGGGGCUCUCAGAGCCCUCAUGCGGGACCGACAGAGCACUGAGGAGUCUCCACCUCCCAUUUUGGCGAACACACUUGCCCCCAGCCGGAGGCACACAGUGCAAUGCUGAGCAUGCGCUCGGCUGACCCAGGUGAAAUCAUUAGUAGCUCUUGCCAAAAAUGCCCCAUAAUCCUUUCUAAUAAAUUAAUCACUUUCAGAACAAUAGCGUGGGCUGUGGGCUCGCGGGCCCCUGGCUGCAGCCGGCUGACUAAUACUUCCUAAUCUCUGAGAGUCUGCACACAAUCAGUGUAAACAAGCCUCACAUUACCCAGCAGCCCAGGAAUGUCAGCCCCAGCGCCACGGAACGGGAGCUCAGCGUGGGUGUGCACGCCGUCCCGCCAAGGAGCGAAGGGGCUUGUUUCAUGACAAAAUCCCAGGAUCCUCCCUUGUCAACUCAGCAUGAUUUCGAAAGUCUGCGCACAUCACACAGGGGCCACGUGCGGCCCGACUUUGGACAAGCCAAGCCGUCAGAAGCGCGGAGUCCCUGUCCUUGGGAUGGAACCGCGUGCCCAGAACGGGCAUAAAGGACACGGGCUGUGUGUGUCGUGGGGCCGGCGCCCCACGCAGCAGGGGCCACCGGGGCCCGCGCCCCUUUCCACCAGCCUGGACUUCUCUAAGGAGUAAAGCUUGCUUCCCAGCUGAGGGGAAGGGACACCUGCUCACUUUGGGAAAGGGAGUUCAGGCCUCCGUGUGCGAAAUGAGUUCACAUCUCUGAGCUCCCAGCCGAUGAGUCACUUGCAUGGCCCCGAUUGUCAGGGAGGGCUCUCAGCACGCUGAAGGACAUGGCCUUCUUUGGUCAGAGUUGUCAUGACACGGAAACUUCAUGAUUUCAUACCCAAACUGCACUCCAUACCACAAGGCAACAAAGCCAGGCUAGGAGAACCGUGAGCAUGGUGACCGGCAUGUCCUGAAGCCCUCGUGUCUGGUGGGGUCACCGAGUGCAGGCUGAUGCCCUCCGCCUGGCCUCCCUUCCCCGGCGGGACCCUGGCCAGCCUGGCACUGGGGUGCGGGCUCACCCCGGGCACACUGAGGACACGGGACGGCCGGCCCGCAGGCAGACCGUGCAAACACAGGUCACGGGUGUGAAGGUCUCCGUGCGUUAACCAGACGCCUCAGCGUGUCCUGUUUUCCUUUCUGACAGUUUCGUCUUCGGAGCAACGUGGAUUCGACACCGACUGUGCUUUGAGAGGACACUGUCUGAAAUACUGUACGGAAACUGAUGGAAACAAAGACAUGGAUACACAUCUUGGCCAAGAUGUGGCUUUGCUCCGUGGCCCCCAAAUUUCAGACCUAAUGCCCACCCUAUAGGUCAAAAGUUCAAGCUUUUCCGCUGAUUUUCCUUGUCAUUGUCAUUAGAGAAACCAGAUCUCGGACUGACGGUUCGUGUCAUUUUAAUUUCUCCGUUCGGCUCUUGUGGGUUCCCACAGUGACUUAUUUAACCGUGUUUCUGCAGCCAGAGCAUCAGAGGCAUCCCACUGGUGUUUGCAAAUGACACCGAUGUUGUGGCCAGACCCUGGAGUCUUCAGUGAGCUCGGGGAGCUUCCCCGGACAGGUGUUCUGGCCGCCUGGUGUGCGUUGAACCAUGUCCCCCGAGAAGACGUGGACGUCCUACCCCCAGCCCCUGGGGAUGUGACCUUAUUUGGGAAUAGAACUGCUGCAGACGUGGCUGAAGUCGGAGGAGAGCAGGUGGGGCCCUGUGUUCUCACAGGAACAGGGGAGUGAUGGGGACACGGUCACAGAGAAGGGCCCUGUGGCGACGGAGCAGAGGUGGGCACGGGGCACCCUACACCAGAGGGCCCCAGGGACUGCGUGCAACCCCACGAGCCGGAAGGGGCAGGGAGGGCCUACGUCAGGAGCUUUCAGCAGGAGCGCGACCCCGCCCACACCUCGCUCUUGAACUUCUGUCCUCCGGAACUGGCAGAGAAGACUUUCUGUUGCUUGGGGUACUUUGUCACGGCAGCCGCGGGGACGGUCCAGGUCUGGGAACACUCUGCGCCCUGGUGGUGUGUUGGGCAGAGCUGGUCCUCAGGCUUCUGGGGGGCAGCUGGCCCCACUGAGAGGUGCCCCGGCAGCUCUCCUUCCUGCUCCUUUCCCCCCUGCUGAUUUUAACGUGUCCUUUCCCGGUGACAAACCGUAACUGUGAUGUGACCGUUUUCUAGGUGUCGAGGCCUAGUGAAUGCCCGAACCUAGGAGCAGUGGAAGGGUCUGGGACAAGCCUGCAGGAGUCCUGCCCCUCGCUCUGUCCGGCCCAGAGCAAGUGCGCACACGGAGACUCCAGCGCGGCCGGGCUCACAGAAGGUCCCUCCCAGCCCGUCAUCUAGGCCUCAGCACGCGGGCCGCACCUGUCACAGCCCCUCAGCCCGGGAGCGCAUGCACGGCCCUUCCUCUGGGAAGGGGAUUGAUUCCAGGAUUCUCAGAACAUGGAGCUGGGCGUGGACUCGGGCUGGCACAUUCCUUCAUCUGUGGCCCUUUCUCCCUGGAAGUGCACCUAGGCAGGGCAGGAGUCUUGGGGACCCAGGCCCGAGCAAGGCUGAUGGGGGGGCGUAACUGUUUGGAAAAGGGUCCACGGGCACAGAGCACGUGGGCACUCGAGAGCCUGACUUCUCAUGGCUCGCAGGGGCAAGCCAACCAGUACUCACUGCCGCCCCACCCUCGGGUCUGGGCAUGUCAGAUCUCAGCCAGAGUCUAGCCUGUUCUUGUUAUAAAGCUCAAUCUUGAUUCACGCCGCUUCUAGAUCCUUUUAAUUAUCAGGCAUUCCUUCAAAAUCACUAGCCGAUUUUGAGCUUCAUAAGCUGCAGGAGUGAUAAAUUUCAGCUCUUGACCCCACUCCACAAAAUGACCCUGUACAUAUUAAGGAUGGGCAUUCUACUUCAUCAUGUUGUAUCUUGUGCCCUGAAGGAUGGGCUGAAGUCCCAUCUCUGGGAGCUGUGUGUGUGACCUCCCAGGGAAGCAGGAUCUUUGCAGAUGGUCCAGGUGAGAUGAGAUCGCUGGGGUGGCCCCGACAGGUGAUGACUGUCAUCCUAAUGAGAAGAGGCGACACACUGUGUGAAGAGGGGCUUGGAGGGCGGAGGGGCAGAGAUGCCCAGGACCACCAGGAGCUCCCAGAAGCUGGAAGAGGCAGGAACGACCUUCCCGGGGGCGUAGAUCUGGAUCUCAGACUUCCAACCUCCUGAAUUGGGAGAGAACACAUCCUGUGGUGUUAACCUCUCCGGUCUGUGGCACUUUGUUCCGACAGCCUCGGAAAGUUAGUAUCCCAGCAAUCGUAACUCUGUGCUCUGUAGGAAUCCUUAUUUUAGGGACGCACGGUUACGCAGGGCUUCCCCGGUCUUAUGUUGGCCUUCGGCUCGGACACCAGGCCUGGACCACGUGCUUGUGCUCCAGACGGGGCGGCUCGGGCCCGAGCGGAAUGCACCGUACCCCUCCCUUCCCGGUCACCUGAGGAGGGUUCCAGAAGGAAUGACAAGUGCGGGAAGCACCAUGAGCUGCGGAUGGGGAGCACCUGAGGGAGGGCAGCCAUGGAGAGGGCCCCAGAGGGCCCGAAAGUGGAAGCAAGGUCAGUGUGUGCGAAGAGCCCUGAGCUAGGUCUGAGUGUGACCGGCCCGUCUGAGCACAUCUCACCGGGCUCUCAGAGCAGCCAGAGGGUCAUUGCUCCCGGCCACCGUCGGCGGCAGAUGAGCAGGACCAGGGAGUCUCCGUAAGUAGUGGUCUCCCAGGCUCACCGUCGGAGUGGCUACUCACCCUGAAGACUUCAGGGUUCCAGGACGUAGCCUGUCCCCAGAAUAGCGGAGAAAAAUGACCCUCCCUCUGCCCUUCCAUGUUCUAGGCUGGGCCCCCUGUACCAGGAGAAAAACGAGGGACAGAAGUCACACGUAUACCUUACCUGCACACAGGGGACACCCCAGGAAUUCUCCACCGAGAGGAAGCUCCCGCGAUUUACAAUCGUCCUUCCCUGCCAGCUCAGAGAGGGAGGCCCCCUGACAAACCAGCGUCAAGUCCCCCACAAAAGGGAACUGUAGCCUUUGUCUUUAGAGCUUCUCCUCUGCCUUCCUCUCUCAAAAUAUUCAGAGCAAAAGAAUCCUUGUGCUAAAGAGGCCUCUUUGGGAGGGCACAUUCUGGUCUCCCACACCACCCAGAUGAAGGCACGGAAUAAACCGCAUCCCAGGACGGGUUCAUGAAACAUAGCUGGGGUCCUGGCCGCCGGUCUCUUAAACUGGGAUUUUCUGUUGUGCCAAACCAAGUUGUAAAUGAACCCAGGCCUGUGGUCUCAGUGCUCCGUGUUUGUCCUCCAAGGCUAUGCUGCUCGUCACCAUGGCCACGGCAAGCGAGGAAUUUAGCACACUCUCCCACUGGUCCCGUGAAAAAGAAAACCACAGGCCCCCACAUGGUGUUACUUAAGCCAAGUCACCAAACUGGGCCUUCAUACCUGACCUGACUGCCGUUCCAACCUCCCCCGAAAAUGUGAGUCUUACCUAGUCGGUCAGCCACUUUCUGAUCAGCACCAAGGAGGCCUCUGUCCCCCGGGCCUUCUCCAGCCCCCAGCGGAAGACGAAGCCCCCUGCCCUUCCCCCAAAGGGAAGGUGACCUUGCCUGAAACAAUCCUUUCUUCACUUUUGCCGGUAACUUCCUUGCCCGCCCUCCCUCCAGUAAAAACCAUCCUUUUUGUACAAGUCCUCCAAGCUACCCUCCACUUGCUAGACAGGAUGCUGCCCCAUUCAUGAAUCCCUUCAUAAAGCAAAUUAUCUUCAAAUUUACUAGGUUGAAUUGUGUUUUUCAACAAUCCGUACCACUCUGAACUCUUCCAGGCACACCCUGACUUACAGAGUUCAUUCUAUGAGCAGCCAGGUCUUGGGAAAAGCUUACCAGGGCCCAGGAACCUAGUUUUGAACGAGCAAGAUGAGGCGCAGGAAGGACAGGAGUGUGGAGGACUCUGGCAGAGGACCAGAGACUGGAGGUGACACAGCCUCAGGUGGGGCUAAGAAAGGGGGCCAUUUCCUUUUUCAGAGAGAGACAGAUCAAGAUUCAGAUCACUUGAGGAGGCCGUUGUAGAUCUGGAAAGUGAGCAGGGUGUCCCUUUAUUCUGCAGGAAUAUAAAAAUGUGACCACACUUUGCAUCUGAGAAGCCCAAAGCAUUUCAGAGUAUUUGGGAAUUAAAGAUCCUUCUGUUGCUGAUCUAGCAACUUCUUCAGUGCCUUUGGUGCUCCCUCGAUCGGGAACAUACUUCUAUCUAAUGGAAGAAAAUUUUCGACUGGCCUGUGACUUACCCCAAAUCUCUUCUCACGCCCCAACUCAAACCAAAAAUCAGUUACGAAAUUGUGUAUCGGAGCACUAUGGCUCACAGGGAGUCGGCGUGCUGUCCACAGACCAAUAAAAAGGGCGCAUUCCUUAUGACGGCACAGAGCCUGUGCGUGUUUUGAAGGGACAUGUUUCCAAACCACCCUCAUACAACUUAAUGAAUUUGGAGAAUGUUAUAUGGAAAAAUAAGAUGGGAAAGCUGGAAGACCUUGUGUUUUCAACGGCCAGCAGACGGAAACAGAUAAAGCCCCACGAGACACGGAGGAUGUCUGUGGCAUUCCACACGACCGUCACUAGGAGCUUUGCUCCAAGAUGUCCUUCCGAAGGUGUGGCAUUCUAACCAAGGAUUGAACUCCCACUGCCCUGUCCCAACCCGGGCUCCACGAUCCCCGUCCCUCCCCCGAGACAGGUGCUCCUCCCGUGUGGGAUGGAAAAUACACACCUGCCCUCCUUUGACCUUUGUUGACCCUUCCGUAAUCUUCCUUCCUAUCCCCGUGUUUUCAAUUAUCCCUAAAACGGUGGACAUACAUUUACCAGAAAUGGAUGUUUCCAGAAAAGUAAACUUGCAUGCAUCAGGAUUGAAUGGAGGGUCGAAUGGAGGUCUGCUCUAUCAAAAUUUGGGAAUGAUAAAUAUGUCUUUAAAUAUGACCCAGGGGCACCUCAGUGGGUUAGGCGUCUGACUCUUGAUCUCAGCACAGGUCUCGAUUUCAGGGAUUUUGUCAGCUGCUUGUGCUAAAGGGCCCCGGGGGUGGGUUGCCCCUGCAACGGGUCACAGAGCCGUUGUCCCUUAUUUCUGGUCUGGGGGCCGAGGGCGAGAGCAGGGGUGAGGUCAGUCUGCUAGGGCGGGGCUGCUGGGGGGCGGCUCGCCUUCCCGGGGAAUCGAAGCUGACGUGGGCAGGACCUUCUGCCGCAUCAGGUCACAGGUCAGGACUGCACCCAGGCCCUGAGAACCGUUGGUCACCCACGGAAUCAUAGAUGGCCGUGAUGACCUAAUGCCGUUCCUCUCUCCUGCUCGAAGGCCAAUUCCUGUUGCGUGAGCCAUCUGCCGGCUCUCCCUUCCCUUUUCUGUUAAUCUCUGUCCUUACCGUGCUACACACCCAACAGCCCCCCCCAACACCCCCACACAUACCCAACACCCCCCAAAACACACACCCAGCACCCCCCACACACCCAACACCCCCCCACACACGCAACACCCCCCAAAAGACACACCCAGCACCCCCCACACACCCAACACCCCCCCACACACAC